AUGCGUUGUGACCCAAUAGCCAGAUUCUGUGUCUGGAUAUACAUCACCAGACUCAACGUCGCGCCAUACUCGAGAUUCGCCGUCCACCAGAACGAGCUACCCCACAUCCAGGAGGAAUUCCUCAUUUCGACCACCUACUCCACCAUCGCCGCAAGAGCUUUUUCGUUCCAAGGACAAGUGCUCACUGGCGUCACACCGCGUUGA